AUGGCGGAGCCUCCUGCGAAAGCAGCCCAGGCGGCGGCGGCAGCUGCGGCGGCUGCAGGGGCAGAUUCGGAGCGCUGGGCCGAAGGGGAGCAGCCGCCACCCUCUGCGCGCGCCGACUGCGCUCUCCCCCCCUCCGGGAGCUCGGGGCCCGAGCUCGCCGUGCGCGGAGCAGGAACGGCAGCUCCCCGGGCGCUUUUCAGUCCACAGUCCCUGCUGCGGUGCCGGGGCAGCGAGAAGCCCAGGGGACAGUGGCAGAGAGCAUGGACAGGAAAGGUCACUCCUGCCCCAAUUUCAGCACCUGGGGACGUUCAUCUUCGAGAAGGGAAAAGGAAAGGCGGCCCUUCUGGAGGCGGCUUCUUUGGGAGCUCCAGGCUUCCAGCGACGGGGAGAGGAGGGGCUCCUGUCGGGAAGGAGGUGGAACGUGAGAGGGUCCGUGCUGGCAUUGCGGACGAUCUGCCUUCCGAACCAAAGGACGUCCUUUCCCCUGGCCUCACUCCUUUGUUGGCUUCUUCAGCCCGGGUUUGCGCAACCCCCUUGGCCGCAGGGCUCGCGCCACAAAGCGCCCCGGGCCGCAAUCGCUCCCCUUCCUCUGCUAGUUCUCGGCCUCUGCGCUCCACUCCUUCCACUUCUCUUCCUCCCUCCGGGCCUCAUUCCAGAGCCAGCACGGGUGGGGGUGUUUUUCUUGGGACCACAUGCAUGCGCUUGCACACAGGCCCGCAAGCGCUCGGGGCCGCGACCGACCCACCUCCGCGCACUGCUCCCGGCUCCCGGCUCCCGGCUCCCGGCCCGCCGGACUCUCGCAGCCCAGCCGGCUCCGCCCCGGUUGGCCGCCCGGAGCGCUGCUCUCCGGUGUGGCUUACAAAGGCAGGCUCCCCUGGCCUCGGGCCCGUAAGGCUUCCGUAGCUCGGUUCUUUCCCCACCCCCACGAAAUCCUGGGGCUCACUCCGCCUUGCAGAAGACCCUGGGCCUCGGGGCGUGUAGGCCAGCGCCCCACGACUCGAGCUGAAGUCCCUUUAAAUGCCCCGGGAGAGAGAGUGGGCGAGAGGAGAGCUCGAUCGCUAUUUAAACGAGGACCUGCGAGCGGCUUGCUGGGCUCAAAGCGCCUCUUCCAGGGCUCUGCUCUUAGCAAGGAAAGGAGCAAGGAGGAGACAAAACGCUGCCGAGGCCCGGAGCUGUUCAUGGCAUCCGCGGCUCAGCCAAGCUGUUGUUUUAAAAGAGCAAUAAAAAUGAAUUAUGACUAAACGCCUUCUAACUUAAUGCUUUCGGACGGGGAUCCCCGGCAAAUACGUCUGUUUGCCUGGACCCAUCAACAGCUGGGAGACUAAUCAACCACACUGAAAAUGUUUCCGGGAUUGUGGGGGAGGGGUUGGAAUGUAGAUGUUUGAAACAAAUGUGUAUAAAUAAAUGAAUUUUGAUAACUUAGUUAUUGACCUGAAGACUGGUAGCUUGUUAAAGAAACUCCAUGUUCCUCCUUCCUGGAGUUGGGGGUUUCUGUAGGCACUUUAUUUCGCCACUUUCAAAAGCUUGGGCUUGGCUCAGCUCUGGGGCUACCCAAUUCUGUUUCUAUCACCAAUUUAAAUCUAUGGCUUGAACCUCUACACUGAAAAACCAAAUCCAUUCCCUUUAAAAAGAAAGAAAGAAAAAAAGGAAAGAAAAAAAAAACACUUCUCAGAAGUCCUAACCAUUUUCUGGUUUUCUUU